AUGGCCAAGAGUAAAGAUGAUAUAACUUAUGCAACAUCACAGGCAAGGCUAUCAGAGGAUGAAGCAGUGAGAGUAGCCUACAAGCAUGGCACACCACUUGAAGGAGGAAAGAUUGCAGAGUCUGAACCAGUUGAUAUGUUUCAAAGUGCACACAAUGUUUCAAAAGGUGACCAAAUUGAUGAUUCUAAUAACAAUGAUCAGUCUCAGUUGCAACAUGACCAUGCAGACAUGAAUGAAGGAGGUUCUAAAGAGUUCACCACUGGGGCUCCUUGCUUGCCCAAAAAAGGGUAUCCAACAAUUGGUCAUAAAUUGUUUUACGUUUCGGAAUAUGAUUACCACGAAUAUGGUGAGAAAGUUAUCUUUUCAGGAAUAUUACUAAAAAAUUGUUUAUUAGGUCAAAAUUUAACUCUAUGA